UCUGACUGAAAUACAGGGCAACUUAUUUUUCUAAACGAGUGGCGUUUGAAUUUGUUGAUAAAAAUGCCGGACAUGAUUGUUUGGUUGAGGGACAAUGGGCCAAAAUUCGGAACUGUCCCAAACAAUCCGGGACAUGUGGUCACCCUACCCCUUGUUUUUCUAUUUGACGUUCAUGUGUGAGUCUUGAGCGCGCAUAUCCUUUUAGAACGGAGUUUACAGGAGUAGUACCAACGGGGAGUGGCCAGCCAGCUGCCCAAAACAACAGCAGAAGAACUCUAGGCAACUGGCAAGUAAGACAUCGGCUCAUCAUUCUCUAAGAAAAUGUUGAAUGUCAGGGGGCCUGGUGCUCUCUACUCAGUAAUUUCUCCUGUGGCUGCUGCAAAGGAGAACCAGAUGUCAUAAACCAAGAUUGAAGCCUCCCACAUUUUGGGGGAUUUAAUACCUGUACAACCAAUCAGCCAUGGGAGUCUGUCCUGCUGUGUCCAGGUACUUCCGGAGGUGGAAGUAUAUGAUACUGUUGCUGCUCUCUGUCUCCGUUUUGGCUUGGAUCGCCACUUUUGCCGGCGAAACAGUGAAAGCAAUUCAGGAUACCCAUAGGUCAGCACAGACACUUGAGGAUAACGCUGAGGUCCUGAGGGGGGGCAUGCAAUACUCAUGGAAAACAGUGAUGCAAGUCUUCUCCAAUCCUCUCCCUGACACCCCACCGCCAAAAGAAAGCUGUCCUGAGAAAUCACCACUGCUUCAUGGAGCCCUGAAGCUGACGUUCAAGGACUCUUUAACGCUGAAGGAGGUGGAGAGUGACAACAGUGGAGUGGCUGAGGGCCAAUACCAGCCUCCAGACUGUCUCGCCCAGCAGAGUGUGGCCAUCCUCAUCCCUCACCGUAACCGGGAGAAACACCUACUCUACCUCCUGCAUCACCUGCACCCCUUUCUUCAGAGGCAGCAGCUGCACUACGGCAUCUACGUCAUCCACCAGGCUGGAGAGGUGACGUUUAAUCGUGCCAAGCUACUUAAUGUGGGGUACUUGGAGGCACUCAAGGACUACGAUUGGGAUUGCUUUGUUUUUCAUGACGUGGAUCUGGUUCCAGAGAACGACUACAACCUAUACAAGUGUGACCAACAGCCCAAACACUUAGUGGUCGGCAGGAACGCCACAGGAUACAAAUUGCGAUACAAAGGGUACUUUGGAGGGGUGACGGCCAUGACGAAGGACCAGUUUCACAAAGUGAACGGAUUUUCGAACACUUACUGGGGAUGGGGUGGGGAGGAUGAUGACCUUCGCAUCAGGGUGGAACUCCAGAAAAUGAAGAUUAUACGGCCACCCCCUCUUAUAGCACGCUAUACCAUGGUAUUUCAUAAAAGAGAUAGCGGCAACGAAAUUAAUAAAGACCGGAUGCUCUUGUUAGGACGGACACCUCAAGUCUGGAGAACGGAUGGCCUUAACAGCUGCUCCUACAGUACUCUCUCAGUUGAGAGGCCACCUCUGUACAUUAAUGUCACAGUGGACAUUGGCAAACCACUGCACUGAGGCUUCAGAGUAUCUGUCUUGAUUUGCUGCAUUGAAUGCAGUAAUGGUGCUCUGGUAUGUCCAUGCCUACAUGUUAUGUACCUGCACUAACAGAGUGGCAGUAGCUGCUAAGCAAAAGUUUUCACGGUAAACCAUUCCAAGCAGGGUGCGUAAUAUCGCCAGGUCCUAAUAAUGUAAAGUCUGGAAGCCCUUCAGUCAAAACUGGUGAGUAGUUUCUAGGGGUGAGAAUAAAAACACAUUUAAAUGUUGCUCUGCGUUAGAGGUUUGCUGUGACUUGAUUGUUUCAACAAGUAUUUGCAUUCAAAUAGAGCAUGUUAUUUUUGUAUUUAUUCUAAAGAAUCAUGGAUUUUUUUCAUUUCUUAAUCUCUGGUUGUCAAAUAAAAAUGGGAACCAAGAAUUGCUCUCAAAUCCUUCCUACAGGAAUUGAUGAAUGUAGAAGGUAAAAUGAAGGAACAAGGGACAACAUAGGAUACAAGGAACAUGUUUUCAUAUAUGAAUCAUUCUCACAUUUGUGAAAGUAUGCUACAUGGAAAUUAAUUGUAGUUUUUAUGCAGUCUUGUUACAACAGCCAACAGUGAUAUCACAGUGGAGAUGGCUUCAUUUUCUAGACAUCACAAGUUUUAUAUUUUGAAUAUGCUGCUACAAGAUUUGUGAAGUAACUCCAACACUAAUUUAGUCAAAUGUCUAAUAUUGUAAAAUACUUUGCUUCUGUUGCCUUAAUUCACCCAGUUGUAAAAGUAUCAGAGAUCCAUUCCUGUUGUUUUUUUUAUUGCUGAGCUAUACAGUUCCGGUCAAAUAUAUUGCCACCCUUACAUGAUUCACUAUUUAUUCUCAAAUAAGUUGAAAUAAACCAAAACAUGUGUUCUUCACAUGUGUAUUUGUAGGUUUUUACAACUGCACAGACCCCCGCCCCCCC